AGGAUUCUUAAAUGGUAAAUACUUAAAACUAAUUAUAAGUAUUUCAAGUUGGACCAUUAUCAAUACAGUCAGCCCACAGGAAUACAGUCCGUGGGUUUUAAAUUUCAAUUUUAAGAGAAUGGACUUCUGUAUUACUAUGUCGUCCCGCUAUAUAUACGUAUUGAUUCUCCCAUUUCUCACACAACAUAAUCAAAAAAAGAAAAUAUACAAAAAGUUGAUAGUAGGAUACAAGUUCGCUUUUGAUCACUGUCCUCAAAAAGAGAGAGAAAAAGGACCAGCUGAAAUGGGGCGUUGGGUGAGACCUGAGGUGUACCCUCUUCUCGGAGCAAUGGGAUUUGUAACAUCUAUGGUUGUGUUUCAACUCACAAGGAAUGCAUUAUUAAACCCUGAUUGCAGGAUAAGUAAAGAGAACAGAAAAAUGGGAGUUCUGGAAAAUGAAGAUGAAGGAGAAAAAUAUGCACAACACAAUCUUCGCAAGUAUUUGAGGACCCGUCCACCUCAAGUUAUGCCUUCUCUCAACCGUUUCUUCUCUGAAGAGGACAACUAAACUAUUUCACCUUAUCAUAAAAGUUACUUAUAUACUCAAUAUACAAAUUAAAUCUAGUUUGGACAUGCUUAAUGUGUAUUGUAAUAGCUAGCUUCAGAUCAUCUUGUUAAAUAUUUAUAAUAAAAAGGUUGAAACAUGUCUUAACCUGGC